AUGGGUGAUUCUAGAACCGGUUUAUAUUUCUCUGGUCUGAAAUUGGAGGAUGAUGAGAAAACGUUAAAAAAUCUGCUGCCAACGGAUUUAGAGCCUGUUUCAGUUAAAUUACUCAAGAACAAAUAUGGACAAUGCACAGGUUGUGCAAUUAUUAAUUUUAGAACGGCUGAAGAGACGUCUAGAGCCUGCAAAUGCUUUCAGAAGGUGGGCUUAGCGGUAAAAUAUGCAAAGGAAAACAAAAAGGACUCCACAAAUGUUUAUGUAACAAAUAUACCUAGGGAAAAUUUUGAUGAGGCCAAGCUACGCUUCAUAUUUGAACCCUAUGGUGAAAUUGUGUCCGUCAAGCUCUUUAAAGACGAUCAGGCUUUGAACACCGGAAUUGGAUUUGUGCGGUUUACAACUAAAGAAUGCGCCAACUAUGCCAUAAGUCAUGUGAAUUCAACUUGUAUCAGGCCAAACAAUUGCAUUGCACCGCUCUUCUGCAAACUUGCUGAUCUGAAAGUGAGGAAAGAAGAAAAGACAAAAGUUCCUCCGAGCAGUCAACGAUGUCUACUUCAACCCCCUCCUCCUCCCCCUCCUAAGCCGCCAGUGAUUUUGGUGCAAAAUUUUUGUGUGCAACCCUUGAUGCCAAGCACUGCCAAUUCGGUUCUCACCCAAUAUCGAACAUCCAUGAUUACCGUUCCACAAAGUUCGACCGUUUACUACGAAUCUGAGCGAACCACUUGUCAACACAAACUCAGUCUGGUCUCGGAACGCUCGCGCUAUGCGAUACAAAACGUAGAUUUGCCCUUGGUAAAUAUUCGAGAACCAUAA